CUGCCUUAUUUACACUGAAGUCCCUAAGGUUUGAAACCUAAUUCAUGCAAGGACUCCAAUCGAAGACAGUUUUGAACGAUCUUCAGAUUCGAAGGUAUAAGAGUCAAUGGAAUCGUAAAGGUACAAUCUUUCGAAAAACUAUUUAAGGUACAGUACAACUGAGGCUCUAAAUGUAUAUGUAUAUAUAUGUAUAUAUGUAUUUAUGUGCAUAAGUGAUGAUACUUCAUUGUCUCAACCUUGCACAUAAGGAAUAGGCAUUAAGGUCUGGCACGGUCUUGGUUCACCUACAUAUACCCCAUGAGCCCUUCUUCGAUUCUGAGGGUUUCUGCUUCAUAAGAAAAACGGAAACUUCCUCCACUCGCAGAGACUAGUUAGCUCUGUCUCCGGUAAGAUUUAUAGUCAGUAAGGGGUAGCCCCUCAUUCCGAUCCAUCCCAUCCCUUUUGUGCAUUGAAACUACUGUGGCCUGUCUUCAAACCUAUAGCUCGCCCUGAAGCACACCAUUUUCCUAAAGCAUUGAAUGUAGGUCCGAGAAUGUUCACCGGAAUAGAAAGAAUCGCCUUUGUGUUCCUUAUUCGAAUAAUAAUGGGCUUCUUUCCUGAUGAUGUGUUGGUUGAGAUACUGUGUCGAUUGCCGGAAAAGCCUCUGACUAGGUUCAAAUGUGUAUGCAAAUCAUGGGAUUAUCUAAUCUCUGUGUUUUGCUUGCCCAGAUUGUCUCUUCCUCUCUGUGGCCUUUUCUUCCGUACUUAUGCUCUCCCACCUCGUUUGCCUCUUAUAACCACAGACGCCAGUUGCCCAGUAUGGGAUGCAUUUUUAAAGCAUUUGGGGCGCUUUGACAACGAAGAGCUCAUUGAUUAUGUUUCUGUAGAAGACAACAGUGGCAUUGAUGGUGGUGGUGGAGGAGGAUUUGUUGAUUCUGAAUAUUUGGCCAACUUAAUCGUUCCAAAAGACUAAUGCAAAUGACUUUCUUGAUAGUUGCAAUGGCUUGUUUUUGUUCUUCAAUUCCUUUGAUUUACGGUACUAUGUGUGCAACCCUGUGAUGAAGCAAUAUGUGCCGAUUCCCAAAGCCUGCUGCCACCAGCAGCAUCAUUGCUAUGCAGCAUUGGCUUUUAACCUCUCUGAGUCCCUUUGCUACAGAGUUGUACGCAUUGCAAGAUGCAAAAUGAAAAAUAAGCUUGUGUUGGACAUAUACUGUUCUAAUACUGAACAAUGGGUUAGACACCGGGUACAAAUUGAUUCCUGCAUUAAUGGGCGCUCCUGGAUAAGGCAUGCUGUUUACUUUCAUGGUGCACUGUACCAGUUAUCUUUGUCUAAGCACCUUUUGAGGUUUGAUCUCAAUGAAGUCGAUGUUCAUGCCAUUGAGCUCCCAUUGACAAGAAGUGCAAAUCGAAAUCUAAUUGGAUGUAUUGGGGUGUUGAUGGGCCGGCUAUGUUAUGUGAGGAAAACCCCCACCAUGUUGUUCAUUUGGUCACUUGAAGGAGACUGUAAGGCCAUGGAAUGGGCUUUGAAGUGGAGGAUCAACAUGGCUAGUUUAAUAAAUGAUUUGGUGCUUUCUAAAGGGCUUUCUAGUUCUCAGUUUUUGUGGUUUCAACCCUUUGCUUUUCAUCCGACUUCUGAUGUUAUCUUCUUGAGCAUUCCGCUUAGGAUCCUGAGUUAUGAUCUCAAAAGGCAAAGGUUAGAAGAGGUGUACAAACCAAGGGAUGGUGUAAUAGUAACAGGGCGAUAUUAUCCAGGCUUUACUUGUUUUCGUCUCCUGGUCUCCCUAAACCAUUUGGGCAAGAUCCAGUAUAGAUCAACUCAGCUAACAUCUCUUUCGCAAGACAUGAAGAUUUUGAGUUUGGAAAUGCCACCUGAUGAAAUACCCAAUGAAGGUGCAUGACAAAUGGAACCCCAAAUGGUAGGAUGAUUGUCCUAUGAAUUUGGUGUAUGGGAUUUAUGUGAUUUUUCUAUAAAAGAUGAAACAUUGUACAUGAAUGGGUUUCAAAAUACAAGUAGUGGCUUUUCAUGUUC